AUAGAGGGUAUGCACGUGACGUCACCGUCGACCGUUAGGACUGCGGUUACGCACGCUGAGUGGCAAAAAACUGAGCAGCAGCAUUGGUUUUUAGCGUGAAUGUCACGAAAAACACACAAAACACAUUCAAAACGGGAAAGAGCUUUGCGGCUGACAAAUAGAUUUGACACAAACCCCGAGGUAUAUUAAAAACUAGAGAAAGCAACAGAAAAAGAAGCAAAUGGAUCACUGCAAGUCACAGAAACAUCUGGACUCCAGGCAAAGAAUCAUGGAUUUGCAGUUAUCAUUUUGUGUCGAAUUGUUGGAUUUUGAGAGACUGGCUGAUUUCUACACAAUCCAUCAUGCCUGCCAUUGUGAACCUGCUCUUCAACACGGUCUCCACCAACACCACCAUCUCCUUUUCUCUGGUGCUGCCUCUGGUCAGCAUCCUCUCCCUGCUGGUGGGGGUCGGAGGUCAUCUGCUCAUGUGGUUGGUGUUGAUGCGUAACCCACGGCGACGUUCAAAGCCCAGCUCUGUCCUCCUGUUAAACCUGAGCUUUGCUGAUCUGUGCGCUCUACUCACCCUGCCCUGUGUGCUACUGAGCGCCAGCUCUCAGAACUGGCAGCUGGGAGGAGGUGUUUGUGUGUUGUUGAGCUUCAUGACUUCCCUGACCGCUGGAGUGGACAUCUUCAGCCUGGCUGCCCUCUCUGUGCUCCGUUAUCGAAUAGUGGCUCCCUCGACACGGCCCCCCGCCACUCCAGCGCAGGUAGCUGGCACUGUUGCCGUUAUCUGGCUGGUUUCCAUCGCCAUGGCCCUACCUAAAGUAACAUACAUCCAGUUCGACAGCGGCUGCACGUGGUCGGUGGGCCGAGGUCACUGGCUGGGCUUCCUCGUUCCAGCAUUCCUGGUGUAUUACGUGGCUCCUCUACUCUGCAUCGCCCUGCAUUGCGGGCUCAUCAUCACACACCUGUACCGCUGUCGGGGCACCCUAGCCGCGGACCACCGCAAUAAAAAAGCCACCGCCCUUCUCAUCGGCUCCACGCUGGUGUUCGCCAUCAGCUGGCUGCCUUAUUACGUGCUGGAGUUUGUCAAUGUUUUAUCACCCUCCCUUAAUUCGGUCAGCUCGCCCGCAAGCCCAGCCCCCAGCUCCGCCACCCCGUCAUCAAGUACGGAGGUGUCUCUGCUGUGGGAGGUGACCUCACUGUCUGCCAUUCUCCUGAUCUGUCUGGCACCUUGCUGGAACCCGCCACUUUACUUCCUGCUAUCCAAGCCAGCUUUGAGGCAACUGAGAGGGCUGCUACGCAUCAUGCACCAACACUGGAGAGCUGCUACCCUCCUACAGCACAUAGUGCCAAAACACGCUCCCACUCAACCCCACUCUCAGCCCGGGUCUCAACACAUACUACCAGCAGCGCAAGCACAAUGAGAAAACGCACCCUCAGAAUGACAUGGUAAGGUACAGCACAUACCUGGAACACAGCAAAGCACACCCACACGCAACUACACACACGCCACACACACAAUGACAGGUGUUUUCUGCCAGAGCAUCCUCAUCCCUCUCAUGCUGGCGGAGAUUGUGAGUUGCUUAGUAACACUACAGAGAGGAACAGAAACAUAAGACCACGGACCUCUGCAUUUAUGGCUCAGCAUCACAUUUUACAAUGUUCCAGCAUGCCAGCUGCUCUCUUUCCCUCUCUCAAAAUCUCACGCUAGAAACGUAUCACGGCAGAUUUUCAUCACCACACAUUAGCAUGUUCUCGAUGACAUAUGUGUUCUUUUUUAAUUCGCUUGUUUCUGAUCAGAAUAGAUUAGAUUUGUGUGGGCUGGUACUGUAUAUCAGAUAGAUCGCCUAUAAAGGCUAAAUGUAGUGCGUUUGAGUCUCGCUCGCUGAUCAUUGGUGUUAUGAAUCAUCAAUAUGUGCUGUAAUGAGCUUUUUGACAGUCACACAAAAAAAGCUUUGUGUGAAAUGCAGUGCACUGUGAUAUAGGAAAUGGGAAAAGUUUAUAAAUAUGUUUCCCAUUAAUGACAGAGGCACGGCUGAGAGAACGCAGUGGCUCUCAGAACUGUGUCACCUGCGGAUGAGUCAUCCUACUUCACAAGAUUUUUCAUUCUCUGCUAAUAUUGUAGCCAAUGUAAUAAAAUGUGGAUCUGAAUUGAUCCUGCACUUUUUCUUCUCCAAUUUCCAUUGCCCAUGCUCCUCCCUUCAAAUCGGUUCAUCUCUUUUGCCUGAUCUGAACUGAGAGGAAGGAUAGAAGAAAAGGAUACAGCAUAAAGAGUUGAAAACCAUUGUAUUAGCAUGGUACGAAAACCACGAUAUUGAGUACAUUGACAUGUAAAUCAUAGUAUUAGACAGUGUUGUUACCAUUAACCAAAACUAAACUAUUGUUUUGGUGAUUGAAAUAAGGCUGCAAUACGUAUAAAACAGUUAAGAAAUGUUACUUUGGAAACUAAGUGAAAUAAAUGCAAAUUUCUGUCAUGAAACUCUAGAUGGUGCAGGCUAAUAGGUCCUUUAACUCAACCUGCUCAUAAUCAUAUCAUUAUCUAUAGGGCACAGCUGAUUGGUUCCUGCUUUUUCAGUAGCCAAUGAGCUUGCGUGCUCAAACUUCAAAUACAUGUGUAGCAUUUGCCUUAGCAGUGCAGCACACUUUCAGAAAACCCUCCACCUUCCCCAGCUCCACCUGUAUAGAUCUGCUACGUGUUAUUCAUGUACGCUAUAUUGUACAGCAGCAGCAUGUCUUACUUGCUCACAGCAGUGUUUUGUGUAUGUACUGUCUGAUGUUCAUUGUCUAUGUGUCAGUAAA